GGCCUGGAGCCGCCUUUGUCCGGCCUCCCCUUCCUUCCUUCCUUCCCUGCCUCCUCCGCGCUCUGAGGGAGGGAGCGCCUCCGAGGAGGAGGAGGAGAGGAGGCUCCCAAGAUGGCCCCUGCUGCAGAGGCGGCCCUGGAGGCAGCGGAGACAGCAGCAGCAGCGGCAUCGGCGGCGGUGGAAGCAGGAGCAGCCGCGGGCCGGAGGGUGGGCGCCGGCCAUCUCUGGCUCCGCGGGGGGAAAGAGGAGGCGGCGGCGGCGGAGGAGGGCGCCACAGCGCUGGUUCGCAGCUGAAAGGAGCCGCCGCUGAAGCCGCGAGGAGGUUAUAUUUCACACUAUGUGCUGACUGUCUGUACUUAACAGAAGAUAAUUUAAAACUUUUUUCAAAAAAAAAUUGAUUCCAGUGGAAUCUGCUUUAGAUUUUGUCUUGUGAAGUAACACCUGAAGCAAUGCCUGUACAAGCUCCACAAUGGACGGAUUUCCUCUCCUGCCCUAUUUGCACACAAACGUUCGACGAAACAAUCCGGAAGCCCAUCAGCCUAGGCUGUGGCCACACGGUCUGCAAGAUGUGCCUGAACAAGCUCCACCGGAAGGCAUGCCCCUUUGACCAGACCACUAUCAAUACAGAUAUUGAGCACCUCCCUGUGAAUUCAGCCUUGCUGCAGCUUGUGGGUGCUCAGGUGCCAGAACAGCAGCCAGUAACUCUACGCAGUGGGGCUGAAGAUACCAAGCAUUAUGAAGAAGCCAAGAAAUGUGUGGAAGACCUAGCCUUGUACCUUAAACCACUCAGCAGUGCAAGAGGUGUGGGACUGAACAGCACCACUCAGAGUGUACUUAGUCGUCCCAUGCAGCGGAAGCUUGUAACACUAGUCCACUGCCAACUAGUGGAGGAAGAAGGACGAAUCAGGGCUAUGCGUGCGGCACGUUCACUUGGUGAAAGAACUGUCACAGAGCUUAUCCUUCAGCACCAGAAUCCCCAACAACUCUCCUCCAACCUUUGGGCUGCAGUGAGAGCCAGGGGUUGCCAGUUCCUUGGGCCAGCAAUGCAAGAGGAAGCCCUUAAAUUAGUUCUUUUGGCUUUGGAAGAUGGAUCUGCUUUGUCUCGAAAGGUCUUGGUUCUGUUUGUGGUACAGAGGUUGGAACCACGAUUUCCUCAGGCUUCUAAAACUAGCAUUGGGCAUGUUGUCCAGCUUCUUUACAGAGCCUCCUGUUUCAAGGUGACUAAACGUGAUGAGGACUCCUCCUUGAUGCAACUGAAGGAAGAAUUCCGAACAUACGAAGCCCUGAGAAGAGAACAUGAUUCCCAGAUUGUGCAAAUUGCUAUGGAAGCUGGCUUGCGCAUUGCUCCUGAUCAGUGGUCCUCAUUACUGUAUGGAGACCAGUCCCACAAAUCUCAUAUGCAGUCCAUUAUUGACAAGUUGCAGACCCCAGCCUCUUUUGCACAGAGCGUUCAGGAAUUAACCAUUGCUCUCCAGAGGACAGGUGACCCAGCCAAUUUGAAUAGGCUUCGACCCCAUCUAGAACUCCUAGCAAAUAUUGAUCCCAGUCCAGAUGCCCCACCACCCACAUGGGAACAGCUUGAAAAUGGAUUGGUUGCUGUGCGGACUGUGGUACAUGGACUAGUUGAUUACAUCCAGAAUCACAGCAAGAAAGGAGCAGACCAACAACAGCCUCCUCAACACAGCAAGUACAAGACAUAUAUGUGCCGAGACAUGAAGCAGAGAGGAGGGUGUCCCCGUGGGGCCAGCUGCACCUUUGCACACUCACAGGAAGAACUAGAAAAAUUUCGUAAGAUGAACAAACGCCUGGUUCCUCGGAGACCUUUGAGUGCCUCCUUAGGUCAACUGAAUGAAGUGGGCCUAUCAGCAGCAGCUAUUCUCUCAGAUGAAGGAGCUGUAGACUUGCCAAGCAGAAAACCUUCUGCCUUGCCCAAUGGGAUUGUUUCAACGGGCAGUGCAGUGACUCAACUUAUCUCUCGUGGAACUGAUUCCAGCUAUGAUUCAGCCCUGAAACCUGGAAAAAUUGACCACCAUAGCAGCAGUGCCCCUGGAUCACCUCCUGAAUUGCUGGAACCUGCUCCUGAGAAUUCUCUAUCUGCCUUACCAGUCAACUCUCACCCAGCACCAUCUCGCGGUCCUGCAGAUCUGCCUCCAAUAUCAGUUGGCAAGCAACUUCAGAUGGUGCCACGUGUCUCUCAGUUGUAUCCAGCUCAGCAAACAGAUAUGCUUUAUGCAGGUGCUCGAGGAGCAGCUCCUCCAUUUGAACCCCCACCUUACCAACCAGGUGUGUACUAUCCUACAGCUCCGUCUUCACAGUGUAUGUCUCGAUUUGUUCGACCGCCACCAUCUGUUCCUGAUCCAGGUCCUCCUUAUUUAGAACAUUAUCCACCAUACCUCCAAGAUCGCAUGGUGAAUUACAAUGCACAGCCACAGCAAUACCCUCCUAUGGGACAGCCAGUGUACCCUCCUCACUAUGACAGCCGACGUGUAUAUCCCCCUGCCCAGCCAUACCAACGAGAAGAAAUAAUUCGAGGAAGUCCUGUACCCAUUGAAAUUCCUCCACCAGCAGUAUCACCAUAUGUACCUGAAGCAAGAGACAGAUAUCCACAAGUAGAGGGCUACUAUCCAGUUGGUCAACAUCUGAAUCAAAUCAGACCUUCAUAUCACAGAGAGCCUUACAUCCGGCCUCCUCUUCAGCCACAUCCCAGUCUAGAUGAGUUACACCGACGACGAAAGGAGAUUAUGGCCCAGCUAGAAGAAAGAAAAGUCAUCUCCCCUCCUCCUUUUGCACCAUCACCAACUCUUCCUCCUACUUUACACAAUGAUGAGUUCAUGGAUGAAGAUUUGAAGGUAGCUGGCAAAUACAAAGGAAAUGAUUACAGCCAGUACUCCCCCUGGUCAUGUGACACCAUUGGCUCCUACAUUGGAACCAAAGAUGCAAAACCCAAAGACAUUGUGGCAGUGGGACUUGUCGAGAUGGUGAACUUAGAUAGCAAGGGGAUGCGAGAUCAGCGGCUGGAUUUGCAAAGGAGAGCGGCAGAAACUGGUGAUGACGAUCUUAUUCCAUUUGGAGAUCGUCCUACUGUAUCAAGGUUUGGUGCCAUCUCACGUACAUCCAAAGCAAUGUACCAGAACCCUGGUCCCAUGCAAGCCAUGACAGUUCAAGGGGCUUCUACGAAACCAGUUAAUAUUUCAGAUUACAAUCCUUAUGGAUCACACAAUACAUGGGGAGGCUCGCCAUAUUCACCCCAUCAAAACAUACCUUCUCAGGGACGCCUUAGUGACAGAGAGAGAUUGUCUAUGACUGAUGUGGCUGGCCAUGGGAAGCCUUUGCCCUCCUCUGAAAGGGAACAACAACUUCGACUUGAACUGCAGCAAUUAAACCAUCAGAUUAGCCAACAGACAAGAGGACUGGAGGCUGUUAAUAACAGGCUGCUGUUGCAGAGGGAGGCAAACACCUUGUCGAGUCAACCACAACCCCCACCACCACCACCACCUCCUCCUCCUAAGUGGCCUGGAAUAAUCUCAAGUGAACAACUGAGCUUGGAGCUGCACCAGGUGGAGAGAGAAAUCGGGAAGAGAACUCGAGAGUUGAGCAUGGAAAGCCAGUCCUCACUGGAUAUCAAAAGCAAAGUAGGUGCCAGUAAGCAGUCAGAAAAUGGACAACAAAGCAAGGUUCCAGCCGAGGAUCUUGGAGUGACGUUCAGCAAUGAUGUUCCAAAUGGAUCAGCUUCAACCCAGGAAAAUAUUGGCCUUCUCACAAACAAAACUACAGCUCUGAGCUUGUCGGAGGAUACUGAAGGGGGAGGAGAUGACCAGGACACGCAGAGGACUGGAGCUGCGCCCACUUCUGCUCCCUGAAGGAAUGAGAAUGUCCCUCCACUUCUGUCAAGGGUUACAACUUCCCUUCCUUGGGACAAUGGGAGACAAUGAGCAAGAACUGCAACAACAGCAGGGCCUGAGACAAUGUGCACAACACCACUAGUAGAAACAAACCCUGCACAUAGUUCACAUUAACACAUUUUUUAAUUAAAAAAAAUGAAAAUUAGCAGUAUCUGCAAGCAACUCAGAUUAAAUUUGUUUUUGUUCUGUGAAUGAACUUUAUUUUAAUAACUUUGGAUGCCUUGGAUGCCAGGGCUUUAAAAAACAGAUAUUAUAUAUAUAGACACACACACACACUCUGUUUGAUUAAUUGUAUGAUCUUAAUGAGGUAGAUUUUUUUCUUUUAUUUUGGUAUUAUUACAUACCCAGUGUAUAAUUCCUUCUAGGCCUCUUUUCUCCUCUCCAUAACAGGCUCACUCACCAUUGCUUUCUGUGAGUUAAAAAGAAAAUAGGAAAUGCGAGAUGAAGUAGGAAGCUCUAAAUUUCCUGUUCCUGUGUAGCAGAAUUUUGGAAAGUAACUCUCCUCAUAGAUGCUAGAUCCUGUCAUUAUCCAUAAUAUUUUUAAUGGUUUGAUGCUUUAGGUUGUGAAGCAUUUUACGUCACCUCAGCAAUAGUAAAUGUCAUAGAACAGGAAAAAAAAACUCUCAGAGCUGAAAUGGUUUUUAACUGAUUUCUGAAGUGUGUAGCAGUGCUUAGCUGUUCAUCUGAUAUAAAAUACACUUUUGAAAGGCAGCACAUGUAUAGUAGCUGCAUUGAUGUGUAGAUGAAAGACAACGACCAUCUAAGUAGGAUAUUAUACAAAUCUGGAAAUAAGUGUAGGAUGGAUUUAAAUGAGAUAAAGAUGUGGGGAUUAGGAUGAGAAGUAAAGGUCACUUUCCUUGCUUCUUUUGUAUGUCCAAAACAGCUUCUGCAUUGUUUAGUGCAUCUUGAGAGUGGGUGUUGAAUGAUAUUAUAAUGUCAGGAAGCUUUGUCAUCAGCACAUGCAGAGAGCUGUUAAAAGUUUGAUUUUUUUUUAUGUGAUGGUAAAGCGUAGAGAUGAGAAAUGCACACACCUUUACUUUGCAUUCCCUCUUACAGUCUUGAUUGUAUCUAAACUUGCUCUUAGACGUUACUGACCCAUUUUGAGGGGAAAUUCAUUGCACAGUCAGAGCCUUCUCUGGAUAAAAGGGACAAUUGGCCUCCAAGAAAAUCAAAGUUCUAAUUUCUAUUUUUACUAGUUCUGUCUUAAAAGCAACACUCUUCAGGACCUACAUAAGAUGGAAAAUCUUCUUGUUUCUCUAGAUUCCAUUGCUUUUAUAACUGUUCUUCAAAUGCCACUGUUGCAGGCUAUGCAAUUUUGACUUUUUCCUCAUUCUCUCCUGUUUUUAUAUGGGCUGAGAAACUCUGAGUGGAAAUCUUUUUAAAAGCUUCCAUGCAUCUUUUAGACUUGUUUCUAUAUAUUAAUUGGACUAGUAAAUCUCAGAAAACACUGGCUAUGUAAUAAGUUGAAGCAUUGCUUUGGUUGGGUAAAAGCAGAAGAUUAUUAAUCUUGUUUUAGGUUAUUUUUCUUCCCUUAGAGUAAAAACAUCCUUCAGCUGUUUUGCAUCUAUAUGAUAAAACAAAAUGGGGGAGGAUACAGUCCUCUGUUGCCUACCAGUAGGAGAGUCCAAGCAGAAGACUCUUCUGAGUAGUGAUUAUUUAAUUUGCUUAGUCAAGGCACCACGUUUAUAUACUAUUUCACAUUGAAUUGGAUUCUACCCUGCAGAUCUCACUGACUAAAAAUCUGAUACACAUAGUGGCUUGGGAUUCGAGCAUUCAUUUUUAUUUAAAAAAUAAAUAACUAUGUAUGUAUAUAUACACAAACAUAUAUAUGCAGUUAUAUCUGUAUAUACACAUAUAUAGGGGGGUAUUUUAAUAAUUUUUCACAUGAAGGCAGCUGUUAUAAAACACCCGGGAGGUAGAGGCAUUGAAAAGAACUUUCAAAUGGUAUUUUCUCUCUCUUCCACUUCUCUUAAACUACACUAUAUCAUAUAUCAGAAAUACUUUCCCUUCAUUCUAUCACCUCCACACCCUUCCAUUAAUGUCUGGUAGAAUAACUUUUCUUUAUAAGAACUGCUAGGUUGAGAAUGUCCAUCACAACUUUCCACUUUCUUAGCGAGACAGACAAAAUAGUAUCAAGAAAGCAAUGAAACAAUCAAUCUGACUAACUUUCUUUAUAAAGAUUCUUUUUCAUCUCCUUUCUCACAAUGCAGUACAUGUUUUCCAUUAACCAAAAGCAUUAUUCUUAAUAUGAUUGGCCUAGUCCAGAAUAUUGCUUUUUUUUAUUUUAGAAAUUUAAACCUCAUAUAUUAGAAAGGAGAUGUUUCUCUGUUCUAAUUAGUGUUUACUAACUACAGGGAAGAGAGAAUAUAAAUUUUCAUACUGCUAAGGUGUGUAUGUUUAAAGAUAUGUAUUAAUGUAUAGUAACUAUAUAGAGCAGGAUCAUUCUUCAAGCCCAGCUGUUCCUUACCUACAUGUGUUCAUUAGCCCAUUUCAAAUAUUCAUAUGGCUAUGCAUUGUACAGUACGCCCUUGCUAUCCAUGGGGGAUCCGUUCCAGACCCCCCUGUGGAUAGCAAAAAAGCCAAGAACUUAAGUCCUGUUCUUUUCAAUGAGCGUGCAUGCCUGCUUGCACCUUCACGUGCACAUGCACUGCACCCAUUGAAAAAGCUGGGGCUUGCUGUCUGCAGAAGCUCAAACUGUAGAUAGCAAGCUCACAGUUGGCACAGGCAUGCUGUAUGGGCACAUUUGUGGGCAAGGAUAAUACAGGUAUGCACAUACCUGAACUCCAUGCUGUACAGUACAUCUAUUAAUUGAAAUAUGAAGAGAAUGUGUGAAAAUGGUAUUAUUGACACAAGUGAAGAGGUUUUGCUAUAAAAUUACAUGCUCAAUGUGAGCUUGAAAAUGAAACCUCUUAGUAUUUGUCUCACUGCCUUCCUGUAGUUGUACUUUGUGUGCAGUGUUCUAUUUAGGUUAAUGUCCUGUUUACACAAGCAAAUAGUUUUGUUUAACCUGUGUAAACCCCAUUGAUAUUGGCUUAGUUUCCUGUUUUCUUUCUCCUUUUUUGGUGAAAUGUAAAGGUGAGCACAUAGCAAAUGAAGAAAAGAGACGUUUAGGUGAAAUGUACUGUCUUUUAAGUGAGAGAAUCUGUAUUAAUAUAAUUCCCACCUGGCAUUACUGUAAUCUUUUUCUUGUGUCCAUAUACUAAAACUUUGCAGUACCAUUUAAUAUGUGGGCAAGAUAGGAAUCCUUUCUUCCAUGUAAGAACAAAGAUGGAAGAAAUACUAAGAAACAACUCCUGUGCAAUAACUGAGUGGCUUCCUAUUUUCUGAAUCUUGAAUUGAAGUUAGAAGUAUAUAAACUUUAGAAAUAUAAAAUCAGCUGGAGAUCCCCUUGCAUCAAAGGAAUGUUUCCCCUCAUUUGUGGUUUCUAUCCAGUGGUAGAAUUCAGGUUGAUGUUUAAAGUCCAUAACAUGUUUGGCUUUUGAAACCAUCUAUAAUUUCCAAAAUCUGUUUGUCUUGCCAUCAGCUUCAAAUCCUAUCCUUUUGGUCACUGAACAAUUCAGAAAAUCUUUGCCUUCAAUCAGUGAGGAAAGAUUGAAACAAAUAAUACAUGUGCAUGUCUAUGCCAUGAUCAUAGGUGACUACUUAACCUUUUUUGUAUAUGAGCCUAGGUUUGUGACACACUGUUCUGUGAGAAAAUUAGAAUCAGACUCACAGCUGUGAUUAGUGAAGCAUUUUAGGAUUAACACUUUCUUUCCACUGUGGUGUUUAUUAUUUUUCUUUUAAAUUCCUUAUUCACUUUAAACACUGCUAAAACGCACUGAGAUGAAUGAGAUGUGGCCCCUCAUACAUAGCUGCUAUUACAUUGUAAAGUAGGCUUUGCAAUCUGUCUAAUUUAAAAACUGCUUGAUGAUUUAAUGUCAAGCAAGUUUUAUGACAGAUUACAGGUAAAUUUUAAAGAAAUUAGCUAAUGGCCCAGAUUUUGGAAUGACAUUAAAACAAUGACUAGGUGUAUGCAGAAAUUUAAUUCCUACUCCCUUUCAUGCACAUUUAAAACAUUUUUGUUCUUAGCCUAUCAAAGUCACUUGAAUGUUUUUGGCCACUAAGGAGUUGCAGAAUGCAUUCUGACUUUUCUAUUCUUCCCUCUUGUCGUCUCAUAUGUCCUCUUCAGACAUGCCCUAUCAUCUUCCCUGAUCAUAUACCUGUUGACAGCUUGCUGCCUCAAAAUAUAGCAUUCAGAUGAAUUUGCUUAGCCAAUAACUUCUGUGAAGUUGCCUUUUCUAAUGAUGUUAUUACUCAAUGAUGAACAAUUGUGGUAUUGCCCCUACUGGUAGGCAAAUGAGGGGGUCUGUAUAAAUCUGGGAAAAUAGCCUUUUUCUUCAAGGAGAGCCAAAGACUUGUAUUUCAUUAUUUGUUUGUUUUUGUUUUAAUUUUCCUUUUCUACUAUUUUACUGGACUAGCCAGGCUGAAUUUAAAAUCUUGUGGUGUUUUAUGUUUUCAGCUCUUAACGGUGAUAGAAAAAUGUAAAAGCUCAUGACUGUCAAGCCUUACAAAAUAGUGAUGGUGAAUUAUAAGCACAUUUCAGAAAUGAUGUGUUUAAGCAUCAGCACACUUGCAGCCAUUUAAUCUAAUACCUUUAUCCAUUUUUCAGCAAUUCUUGAACAUUCUCCCACUUCAGUUUACAACUAUCAGAGAAAGGGCUUGUUUUUUCUAAAAACUGGUCUAUUUAAUUUCAUUUUUCCUGCUUUAAAUUUUCUAUUGCAGCACAGUAAAGUUAAUAUAAGGAUUUAAAAAAAAAACAACACCUGAAACAAGACCGAAAAAUAGAAGUACCCUCAAAUGGAAUGAGAUUUGCAGAAACAAAUGCAUACAAACACACUACAUGCUAAUUUUCCCAGAUACAUCUGUGGUGCUUUGCUGCAGAAAGUGUGCUAAGUUGUAUCCUGGAAAUGUGACAUCUUAUACUCAUCUAUCUGCUUGUCAAGCUUAACAGCAGCCCAUCUGGUCAGAGACUCAUCAAUGUAUUCACCAUAAAGACAGUAGUAUCUAAGUGAAAAAGCAUUGUAUUUACAGUUCUGCUGACUUUAAAAGCAUGGGUUGUUUUUAAAAAUAAGCAGUCCAAGGAGUUAUUCUCCUAGCUAUUAUCCUCAUUCUUAGCCAUAUCUUUCAUUAUGAUCUAUGUGUUUCUGUAUUCUUUCUAUGGAAUUUACCUUUUUCGGUUUCCUGAGAUAGACUUGCCAGGUUGUAUUCUUGCUACCUGCCUAUUCCUUUCAAGUUAUGCAGGCAGCAGUAUGUGUCCCCAUAACCUGCAUGCUCCUGUAAGCAGGACUCCUAAUUUUACACCUAUAGUCUAUAGUGUAUUGGAUAGGAGUGGUGUGUAUUUUCUCCCCUUCUCUCAGAACAAAUGGAGGCAGACAGAACCUCCAGAUUGUGAUCUGACAAACCUACCUAGAUCAAAUGUCUAGAUAUUUGCUUUGUUUAGUAUCUUUUACUAAGUCAAAAAUUAAUAUUAUUAAUUAACCUCAGUGGCAUUGGGGUAACUAUUACCAGUAGUUAUAUUAUACAUCCAGUCUCCACAAUGAUUUGUUCCAGAAAACCAGAAGUAAAGAAUUACACAUUGAGCAUAUUUGGACAAUAUUGGUAAUUCAUGGUUUAGUGUUAAAAGCAUGAAUCACAUCAAGAAUCAGGCUCACAUUUCCCUCUCAAGCCAGCCAUGAGAGUGGAAGCUAUUAAUUGAGUUUCAUAUUAAAUGCAGCUUGUCAUCUUCUGUGAACCUGGCAAAACUCCGACUAAUCUCUGGUUCGUUGAAAUGCCAGCUGCAAGUUGUAGUUUAUUAUACUAGCUUCUUUGAAUGAAUUGUUGGUUAAAAUGAACCACAAUUUAAUGUUUAGAAAUUGUAGGUAGUCAAUCAUUUGUAGGACAUGAAUAGCAGCUAACUAGAUUUUUUUAGAGGGAGCAAAACAAGAUUUUGUGGUCAUAGAGUAGGAAUCCACAAAGCUCUACCAAAAGAAGGGUUCUUUCAAAUUCACCAUCACCCCAGUUUAUAGCCUGACCUUGAGUUUUUUUGGAAUUCAGUUUGAACGUUCGGCCGCAAGUCUUUGAAAAUAGCACUCUGUGUUUUCCAGGAUAACUUGUUGAGUACUCAUCAGCUAAUUAAUUAAAAUUAAAAAGUGACAAGAAUUUUGAUUUUGCCUAAUCAGCCCAAAGAUGGUUCUGUAUUUACUAGAAGGAUAGAUCACUAGGUCCACAUUGUCCCCCGCAAUGGGGUUUCUGUGAUAUAUACAUUGUGUUGGAUAUGGCAGUAGAGUCUUGGCUGUUUUAAUGAAAUAUUAUUGCUCAAAAAUUUUCAUUUCUCCUUGAGAUUUUGAGAGGCAGUGAUCACUCCCAGUUUUCAUUGUGAUGAUACAUUAAGAUUUUAAUAAUAGCUACAGUUAUUAAUUGAUGACUGAAUAGCUUCUGUUCUGAUGACUAAUAUAAGUUGCCUGUGUCUAAAUAACUUGCAUAUGUAUGGCCACCUUGAUGCUUUUUUUCACAAACAAAAUUAUCUAAUUUUAGGUGAAAAAUAUUAACAGCUUGGGUUUUUUUCUAAAAGAAAAAAUGUAAUACUUAAAAAUGCAAUCUCUCUCUCUCUCUCUCUGAAAAUUAAAGUAUUAGACAUGCUGAUGUUACAUGUAUACAUAUCUUUAUAAAACAAAAUCCUGUGGAGUAUUUGGUGUUUGCUAUAAACAAAAUUUGUUUGCUUUUGUGUAUGGUAAAGUGUUGUGUGGCACAACUGUAAGUGGGAAUAUCUUUCACUCAAGUUCCACUGAAUGUGUGGGAUGAGUGCAAGAAGACCACCUCUGUGCCCUCUUGUUGUUAAUGUUAGUUUGUUGUGGCAGACAAUACUCACAAGUCUUUGGCAUCCAAAACCAGAUUGUGUAACUGGAUCAGAAUCCCACAACUGGAUUUACAUAGGCGCUCUUUCCAAGUGUAGCAUUAGGUAAGACAGCCAGGGAUGGGGAGCAUGAUUUACUAGUAAUGCAAACUAUGUUGCCAGCUGUCUUUACAGCUUUGUGUUUUAAGCUCUAUACACACCCAUAAAGGGAUUCUCUGCUGCCUAUUGUGAGUUUACAAUUGCCUUGCAGUCUCUGCUUGCUAUGUAAGCAGCCUCUUUGCUAACCAUGUACCCCUUUCCUUGAAGGCAACCUUAUCAGUAGCAUGGUGGCAUUUUUAUUACUUUUCAAAGACUGGCAGUCAGUAAUCUAGAUUGUGCUCCUUAUUUUUGUUCAUCAAACCUUCUCCGCUUUCCCUUCAAGAGCCCCCUGGCCAUUUCCAGUUGUGGAAUUUCUUUAUAUGUGUGUGCAUCCUUUAUGGUUCUCUGUGUACAUGAGGGGAGGGGGGAUUAAGCCAAGUUUCCUUUGGUCUUUUUAGGAUUGUACCAGUCUCCCCGAGACAUUCUUAAGUCAUUAUCACCUUUUUGGGUGGAGUUCAUUUUUUUAAAUAACUUUUUUGACAUUUUGGUGCAUAUAUGCUUGGGAUAAAGCUCAUGUAAUUUACCAAUCGUAUUGAUUGUAUGUGAUUGUGCCCUGCAGAGGUAUAUUUAACAAAAAAUAAAAUAAAAAUUUUAAAAAAA